AUGAACGACGCCCUGCGCGCGCUCUCCGACGCGCUCGAGCCCGUGAGAUCUUCCUUGACGUCGCUCGAGCCGUUCUUCGCGACGCCGGCAAGUUUUCUGGCGCGUCUCGUGAGCGAUGGAAAGUCUCGCUCGAGCGUCGUGGACACCCUGUUCGCGCACUUCCUGAUUAGCAUCGCGUGCUGCGCGUUGAUUCUCGUCCUCUCCAUCGCGUUCAGUCGUAAGGUUAUCGUGGGCGCGAAGACGUUUGACGCGCUCAAGGAGCACGAGCGGUCGACGUGGCACACGAACAUGUGCACGUUUUGGCCCGCGUUCGUUGUGACGGCGUACGCACUACCGGCCAUCUUGACGUAUGAUGGAAAGGUUAAUUCGUUCAGGAGCGUGGUGUCGAUGAACACGGCGCGGGCGUGCGGGAUGUCGGUGGGGUACAUGACGUGGGACUUGCUCGUCAUCGUGACGCGUUGGAAUGACCAGAGGACGGCAUACGGCGGCGCGGGGGCGCUGUGGUUGUUCAUCGUCCACCACAUGUUCUCCAUAAUACUUUGGCCGUACGCCCUGAGCAGGGGUCUGUGCGCGUAUCACAUUAAUUAUUUCCUCGUGAGCGAGGUGACGAAUUUCAACAUGUCGUUGCGUUGGAUUUUGUCGACGCUCAAGAAGACGCACACCAAGUUGUAUUUGUUCAACGGCUUGGGAUGGAUUCCGCUCUUCAUUUCUGUUCGCGUGGUCGUCAUCCCGAAGCUUUACAGCGCGUUUGUGAACUCGGAUUGGCGCGUGUUCACGUCGGCGCAGUACUGGGUCGCCGCGCUCACGCUUCCCAUUCCGUCGAUGUUGAACCUGUAUUGGACCAAGCAAAUCGUCGAGGGCGCUGCGAAAUUCUUGCUCACCGGGGAAGAUAUAACCAAGCAGGAUUAG